UCACAUUACCACUCCUACAGCCACCACCACGCCAAACAACAAAUAUUUUCUACGAUUCUUCACAAAAUGAUGGAUCGUAUCCCAUCAUUAUCGCUAUCAGGCAUAUCGCUCGCGCAUCCACUCUCGUUAUCCACAACCGGACAGCAACUUCAAAACCAUCUUAAUUCCGCAUCGGCGGUCACAUCGUCAACUGGUACAGGUGGACACCACCAUCAGCAUCAUCAUCAUCAUCACCAUUUGGGUCAAUUAGCCGCAGUUGUUCAUCAACAACAACAACAGCAAUUACAACAGCAGCAACAACAACAUCAUCACCAGCAGACCCAUUUGCAAGCACACCAUAGCAACCAUCAUCUAAGCCAUCAUCAGCUGUCAUUGAACUCAGCCUCCUCGGUUAGUCUCUCGCCCACAUCUAGCAGCUCGGCAUCUGCCUCGCUUCACCAUCAUCACACUUCGCUAUUGGCAGCCGCCUCGCAUCCGGUAUCACAUUCAGGCAUUCACCCAUCGUCAACAACGCUGUCGCAUCAUUCACAUAGCGGCAACAACAACCAGUCGGCGUCAUCCUCCACUUCGUUGUCGUUGCAUCAGUCAGCCUCAACUUCGUCGUCGGCAGGUUCUGCCGGAUCAGGCAGCUCCAUUGCAUCAGGUGGUGGAGUCGGUGUUUCAAGUUCAUCGGCGCAUCAGCUACAACACCACAACUCUUCAGCCUUGCACGGGCAACAUCAGCAUUCGCUCCACCACACCACACAUCAUCACACGCACGGGCAUAUAAACGCUCACGGCGUUGCCGCCUCUUCACCUGUUAACGCAACGAAUUCAGCAAGUACCGCAUCCGUGAUGGCCGCCGCCGCCGCAGCACAUCUGCACCACAAUUCACAGGCUCCGUCGCCAAUGACAAAUCUGCACCAAAACAUGGGUGGACUGAUGAAUAGCGGCAGCAGCGCCAGUGAUGUCUUCUUUAGUCUAAUGAUACAAAAUACAACGAAACGUCAAAACGAAGAGCACAUCAAAAGACCUAUGAACGCCUUCAUGGUUUGGUCUCGACUGCAACGACGAAAAAUAGCACAGGAUAAUCCAAAAAUGCAUAAUUCCGAAAUAUCUAAACGUUUAGGCGCCGAAUGGAAACUUUUAACCGAAGAAGAAAAACGUCCAUUUAUCGAUGAAGCAAAACGGCUUCGAGCAAUGCACAUGAAAGAACAUCCCGACUACAAAUAUCGUCCCAGAAGAAAACCGAAAGCGUUGCGACGUGAUGGUUAUCCCUAUCCGAUGCCAUACCCAUCAGUGCCCGUGGAGGCGUUACGUGCAGGUAUAACGCCAGGGUACUUUGCGCCAGGGCCAGCAGCCGCAUAUCACUUGGGCAGCCACCUGACACAGACGAAUCCGCCAGCAUCACAGACCGGACAGAUGGAUGUACCGAAGUUUGCGCUCGACCGCAGCUCGUACCUGAGCUCCGCAGCUACAGCUGGCUCCCUCUAUGAGACAUCGAAGGCUGCCCAAGCGAGUGCCGCCUAUAGCGCCUACUUGGAUCCCAGCGUCCUAACAAAGGCCUACUUCGACUCGAAAAUGUAUCAGGAUCGUGCUGCCAACUAUGCCUUUGACAUCUCGAAAAUCUACGGUGCCCAACAACAUGGCUCUUCGGCUGCCGCUGCCGCAGUGGCGCAUCAACAGCAGCAGCAGCACUUACUCAACGGUCUAGGAAUAGCCAGUUCGCACCAGAAUAACGGCAACAUUAAUAAUAACAACCAUGCAACAGCGAACAACAAUCUAGAUGAACGGGACAACACACCGCAUUUGGAUAGCGGCGGAAGCACGGCUGGUGGUGGCGGACUGCCGAGUGGUGUAGGUGACUCGAAGCCGCAUCUUCACUCACCAACGGACACUCAACUUGAUUACUCACAAUACGCACAAUACGGCCAGGUUGGGGGAGCCGUUAGCUUGGGUGGUGGGGUCGUUAGUAAUGGUGGUUUGAGUGGCAUUGGAUCAACUGGCGGCCCCAGUGCUGCUGGUGCUGGCGGCGAUUUUCGGCGACCGCUCACAGUCAUAUUUUGACCACCAUCCGUCGAGAGUGAAGAACUCAACCUGUCCAUGACAAAUUAGUUUUGCAAAAAGUGAGGUUUUUUUUAAAGAAAACAAGCAAAUAAAUCGAAAUAUUUCACUUGAAUGGUGUGCAUAAAGAUACAUACAUACAUAAAUAUAGAUAUACAAAUAGAUAUACAUAGAUAUACAAGCAUAAAAACAUACAAUAAUCAUAGAAAAAUUUACGGAAAGAGAUGUGUAAA